GGACGCCGGUGACUCGGGGGCUCUGGGAGGCGGAAACCCUAGGGGAGGCACCGUGUUCUUUAAGAGAGUAGACACAUUUUUCUCCCACCGUCUAGCUAAUGCAGAUUCCUCCUCCCCACUCCUCAGGGACUGGGAAAUGGUGUCCCCGGGACCGCUCGACUGCCCCGCCUCUUCCUGGAGAUGGGCACGUGAUACCGGAAGUGGGUGGGAGUGAAAUGAAGGCGUUUCCGGCGGGCCCCCGGCGGCUGAAAGCCGGGGCUCAGGUGCUGGCCCGAAUCGGGGUUUGUGUCCCGAUCCCGCCGAGGCGCCGACUUCAGCGGGGGGAAGGCGCUGUUGGAGGCGCUGGUUCGCCGCUGCUCGCUGCCUGGCAGCCUUAGCUCAGCUCAAGAUGAACUAUAUGCCCGGCACCGCCAGCCUCAUCGAGGACAUCGACAAAAAGCACUUGGUCCUGCUUCGAGAUGGAAGGACACUUAUAGGCUUUUUAAGAAGCAUUGAUCAGUUUGCUAACUUAGUGCUACAUCAGACUGUGGAGCGUAUUCAUGUGGGCAAAAAAUACGGUGAUAUUCCUCGAGGGAUUUUUGUGGUCAGAGGAGAGAAUGUGGUCCUUCUAGGAGAAAUAGACUUGGAAAAGGAAAGUGACACACCCCUGCAGCAAGUGUCCAUCGAAGAAAUCCUGGAAGAACAAAGGGUGGAACAGCAGACCAAGCUGGAAGCAGAGAAGCUCAAAGUUCAGGCUCUCAAGGACCGCGGCCUCUCCAUUCCCCGCGCAGACACUCUGGAUGAAUAUUAAGUCUUUUGCUCAGAGGCUGGUGCUCUUGGAAAGCAGAGGCUGUCACUGAAGGAAAGUGACACCUGGGUCACCCCAGACAUUUGACCGGAGACUGUAGAGUUUUGAAAAGUCAUCUUUAUUUUUAAUUCUUUCACCUAGGCAACCAUGAAGAAGAACUCAUUGGGUUUUUGUUUUUGUUUUGUUUUUUUAAAUAACAAAAUCAUUGUUUGAAGAAACAGUGGCAUGAACUUCUUUCACACGUCACUGUGGAGCCAGCGACUACUUCUUUAUAUUGUCCUUACCCCAAGUUAGACUUUCCAGGGGACAUUCUUCAUGUACUUGUAAAUAAAGUACAGAUAUCAAA